UCAUCCAUGUUAUUCUGAUUUGCUUUUUAACAUUUCCCACUGGCUGCCUUGAGAAUAGUGGCGGGGGUGGGGGUGGACCAGGGUGGACUGGUCCAAGUGAGCAAGGGUGGAGAUGGGACCCAUGUGGUGGUGGAGAGAAGUGACCAGAUUCAGGACCUAAUUUGAAGGUUAAUUGGCUGGGACUUGAGAAGGGAUUAGAGGUGGGGAUACCGGAAAGAGAGGAAUAAAGGAGUUUGAGAUUUGGGCCAGGGCAGUUUGGUGGAUGGUGGUGAAUCUGGGGGCAGAGGGUCUGGGGAGAAGGCAAUCCAGAAUCCAGCCUUGGCCUACUUAGGUGAGAGACACCGGAGCGAUGGGUGGGAUGGACCAAGGAGACUGGAGGGUCCUCAGGGGGAUCGAGGUCAGGGCAGGGCUGGGUUGGGGCAAAGGAAGCCAUCAGCAUAAGCCGUGGACUGAGGCAUCCAUGUUGUGGAUCCUGGAACAGAGAGUGUAGAUGGAGAGGAGAGGCAGGGAUGCACCCGAGCCUGGGGGCACUGCACACUGGGGUACAGAGGCUGGUAAAAGAGGGGUGUUGGGGCCAGUUAGCAGGGGAUUAAGCAGAUCAGUGACAGGCCAAGGCCACACACUCCCUCUGCCAAGGUAACGCAAGACCACAGGGUGCCCACCAGGCCUCCUGGGGCAGGGAGCCCCUUGGCUGAGGCAGCUGCUGCUGCUGUCACUGGUGACAUUUCACUCCGUGAGUGUCCUGGCUUCAAAGUCUCUGCAGGGGUCAGGGAGGAGGGGACUGGAGAGGCCAGGUCGGGGUGGGGGGUGAGGGAGAGAGGCAGAGCAGGGCCACAGGAGAACUGAGCAGCCAGGAGUCGGCCAGAGUCCUCAGCUGAGGUAUGUGGUUCUGAUGGGUGGGGAGCAUCCACCCCUAUCCCACAGUUCUCAGGGGACACCAGGAGAGGUGCAGGGACCCUCGCGUGGCCUAGGACUCCAGGUCUGGGUUCAGCCUGCUUCCUAUGGCCCUUCUCCCCCUCCCCCAGAUGUCCAGCAAGGAGGCCAUUGGCUGCGACAUCGGGCAGGCCCGCCAGGCCGUGGAGCAGCUGAGGAUGGAGGCUGGCAUCGACCGCAUAAAGGUGUCCAAGGCAGCCGCUGACCUGCUGCAGUUCUGCAUGGAGCAGGCCAAGAGCGACCCGUUCCUGGUGGGCAUCCCUGCUGCCACCAACCCCUUCAAGGAGAAGAAGCCUUGCGCCAUCCUAUGAUACUGGCCCCGAGGCCCCCUCAAUAAACAUGAAGUAAAUGCUC